AUGGAGAACACGGGGGCGGAGAUGGCAGAAGGAGCCCCACUGCGGACCAUUGAGGAGGUGCUCACCGGCGCUAUGUGGGUCGUAAACCUUACAGACCCCGCACUCUGUCUUGACCGCCUGAACGAAACGUUCAAUGAUGUUAUCUUCAGCUGUGUCGAAGAUGAUGAUGAGAAUGUAGAAGAAGAGCGUGUUGGUAGGCUCAGAACAGCUGCAGACCGCCUGCGAGAUGAGAGAGCAAAGGAGGACCUACGUCGCGCAUUGCUUGAUCUACAGGAUAAUACAUACGUAGAUGAUGAUAUGGGCGGAGAAAGGGGUAGCGGUGUAGGGACAGAAGAAAAGGAAGAAGAUGAAUAUGGCGAUGAUGAUGAUGAUGAAGUCUUCUCAGAAGAGUCACAUCUUAUGGAUGAUGAAGAGUUUUUGUCGUGGAUUCACCGUAACGACACACAGCGUCGAGAUGAGAGAGCUGAUGUGGUGGAGAGUACGGAUGAUGUUGCCCCUGCCAGUGGUUUGGAGCUUGAGUUACACCGUGUUGGUUUAGGGGAGGAAGAUAAACGAAUGACAGAGGAUUUGCUGCCAGAACGACUUAAAGCUAUUGAAAUGAAGGAGAAACGACCUGGUCUUGGUUCUCGAAUGUUACCGCAUGGAUAUUCAUACAAAAUUCCAAUUGAGUAUGAAGCUUUUUGGGUUUUGAGACAACUGCGUAGUGCAGGUCAACCUCUAGCGCAUAAUACACGCAUUUGCGCCAUCGCCACAAGACCUCUUGCAGAAGUAGCAGAUGAACCGGUGGUAGUUGCAAUUGGGUAUGCGUUACGGAAAAUGACACAGGAAUAUAUCGAACCUGCACAUCUUAUGCUGUACCACCAGACUGCUUUGCAUCCUCUGCUGUGUGCAUUGUUAGAGGCUUCCCCACUACUGGAGUCAGCGGAGAGCACGUUGCCUGUUGUGUCCUAUGCGUACAGCACUGAAACAGGAAGACGACAGCGACCUUACGUCUCAGACCGUUACGUUGGCUUCGGCGCGUUGAGUGAUCGUUCCAUCGGAGAUGGUGAUCCAAAGUGGAAACGACUAGACGGUGACGAAAACGAUUUUACGCAGCGUAAACCGUGUUUCAUUGAAUUGGGGAGGUUGUUACUACGCAUUCUAGAGCUUGAUGUGCUUUGUCAUCGACUGGAGUGUCAGAGGCAACAACUGCUUUUGAAAUUAAAGGAUCACCCAGAGUCUAGUGUACAAGAUCAACGUGUAGCACUAGAUCGACUUGUGUUUGAAAGUGGAAUUGAAGCUGAUUUUUGGCAGACUUUUACCGGAUUUCUUACCGCAGAACACGGAAGAGGUCCAACUCAAGUAGUAAAAGCACUUGGACUAGAGGAUGCAUUUGAAGAAUAUACUAUUACUGGACUACAAUACCAGGAAAAUCUUCUUGCCAAUGCACCAAUUCAUGUUUGUCAGUCACCACAGUCAAUACCAUUGAUGGAGUGGGCAUUACAGGUUGGUAAUAGUGCACGUACUCCACGUUCUGGUGAAGCAGUGUUAUUACUUUUUAAUCAAGCUAUUGUAGAACAGUUUUCAAAAUUACCUGUUCUUCGCAAGCGACUCUUCGACCUUUUCUGUGCAGAAGGUGAUCUUAUUGUAACAUACAAACAGUGGAAACGAAGGGAUGAUGUUUAUCCUUUGGCUACAUUCUUUGUUGAACAUCCUAGACACUACUUGGAUCUGCUAGAACGUGAACGACAGGGAAGGGUGGGACUCUACUACGUUUUAAAUGAAGAUUUGAUACGACGUGAAAUGAAUCUUCGUCAGCUAUAUGAUCGAUCUCCUGAUGAUGAAUGGUCAUUAGAACGUGAACGUGCAAUGGAGUUAUUGCUUCUGCGACUCGUUGAUGGACUCAUCCCAAAGGUAAAAGCAGAACUUUGUCAAUUUGCACAACUCUUUGUGCAGACUCAGAGUAUGGAACGUCUAGGUCUUCUGUGUGCAAAUGGAUCGUAUGAACCCACACGGUUAUGUCUUGAGGCAUAUGACAGUGAUGCACUUAUAUGGGAACCUGAGUGGAAUGUUGUUGAAGCCCUCCCGUUAGAACGAUUCCAUGGAUUUGGGCGAAAACCUUUAGCACGUGUGUGCGCUGCCUACCGUGGUGAUAAUGGGGUGACAUAUUUGAGUUUUAUAGAUGAAAUGGGUUCUUUUAUUGCUUCCACACGUUGGGCCGAUUGUGCGUUAAAUUCUGAGGUUGGUCGAGCAGCUGAUUUACAACAAAAUAUUCAGCUUGAAAAACUUUUUGCACGUUGUAAUCCAAGUGUAAUUGCUGUUGGUGCAUUUAAUACAGAAUCUCUCUCACUAAUGCGCUCCAUGCAACGUUUUGUACGGGAACGUGUUUACCCGGCAUUCCAUGUGCACAUUCCUGUGGUAUGGGCACCUGUGGAGGUGGCACGGUUGUGCAGUGCGACUACAUACGCUGAUCUUGAAACUCCUGGGGCAGACUAUCUCACUCGAACAUCUUUGGCACUUGCACGAUAUGUACAGGAUCCUCUUAGCUCUAUUUGUCUUUUAUUUGAUAAGGAGCGUACUGCACUUCGUCUAUCCCUUGGUGCUGCAGUCUAUACAACUAGUGAACAAGAAGAGCAAUUAUACACACGAUUAUGUUGGGAAAUGAGUUUCUGGGUUACAGCAUGUGGUGUUUGGAUAGAUGAAUGCGUUACUAGACCAAACAGUGUUGCUUCACUGCAGUUUGUAGCAGGUUUUGGUCCAUCAAAAGCACGUAAACUCUACCAGCUGCUGACAACACAGUCUCCAAAUAGUCGUGAAGAAUGCAGUCGUACAAUUACGGAGUAUUUUGGUAAAUAUGUUUCACAAAAUGCGGUAUCUAGCUUACGUAUAGGACCACAAAGUGACGGAGGUGUUUCGGCUACCGAUAGAGUUUAUUCUUCCCAUUGGCAUUUACUUGAUCAAACACUUAUACCCAGAGAAUGGUAUACUGCUGCUGCAUUUAUUGCAAGGACGGCAUUAAAAAAUGCAUCACCAAGAUUAGUUGCUUUAUCAGAUUUUAUGCAACUUGAAGCGGAUGAAAAGCGAGAUCGCAUAGAUCGCCACGCGCACCAACAAGAUAUGAUUAUUGCCAUUCGUAAAGAGGGUCGUGCUGAAUGGAGUUCAAUAUUGGGUGAACGUGAGGUGGAAUUUAUACAAGAGGAGAUGAUAGCAGCUGGUCAGUCUUUUAUGCAACGCCCAUAUCGACGUUUAUCAAAUAGAGAACUUAUGAUGUACAUCACCGGAAUUAUUUACUGUUCACGUCGAGAUGCAUCCUUCUCAAAUCGUUCAGUUGAUACACAAUCGCUACUUAUUUCUGAGGGUGAUUACUUAUCAGGAACAGUACAAGGUGUACGUGGUGGUGGGGCAGUACCGGGAAUUCGUGUGGCAACAUCAUGUGGUUUGGGGGCUUUAAUUUCUGCAGAUGAUAUUGACGAUGAUUCCAUGAAACAGGAACUUCUACUGCAUGUUCAUUCUUUACGUGAAACUAGUGGUACACUAGAACGUCCAUCUCUUUCCUCAACAUGGCUACGUCGUGGUGCACCCAUUCAAGGUGUUGUGAUCAGUUGUAAUUGGGAACGCUGCGAACUACGUCUGCGGUGGUGCCGACCUCGAGAAACUGAGCCUGGUAGUAGCAAUAAUAAUUUCAAGAGAGAACUUGGUAUUGAUAAAGAUAACGAGGAAGAUGGUGAUCAAAACUAUGUGUCCUAUGAUACAUUUAUAAAUGAUGCGACAAGUAGCGCAAAUUCCCUCCGUACCGUUUAUAUGAAUAUGGAGGCACGUGUCUUUGCGACUAAAAUAUCUCGUCAUCCUCUUUUCCGUGACACUACAAGUGCUACAGCGUUGUCAUACCUGCACGAUAAGAAAAUUGGGGAAGUAAUCCUCCGCCCGGCAACAGGUUUCCGCAAUAAGGCGAUUGCGGUAGUGAAGAUUGGAGAGCGGUCCAUGUGCAAUUGGCUCAUCAGUGAAGAGCGGCGACCAACUGGCGCUAUUUAUUACCGUCUGAAGGAUAAAGUCUCGGGCCGCCAGGUGGAGUUUGGCGACGUGGAUGAGUUCUUGAACGGCUUUAUUGCCCCAAUGGUGGAACUCGUGCAGGGAAUCCGCGAACACCGCCGCUUUGUGGGAAGUGCCCGCGAGGUCCAUGACGCGCUCGAUGCACAACGGCGUGGUGGCCUCGGCUUCGCGUACGUCUUUGCUGAAGUUGGACAGCAGUCGCGGCCGCCGUUUUAUCGCGUCUUCACGCGCGGCGGCAACACAGAACGGAACUUCUACUUGCACAUUGAUGAUAGCAGCAUCUACGUUCGUGUGCCUAUCCGCAGUAGCAGCGGCAGGGGCGGGGUGGAGCUUAAGUGGGUGAAGUGCCGUAAUGCGGAGCAUGUGAGCGAGCUCGUGAAGGGCCUCGCACGACCUCGCUAA